AUGGAGGACCCAGAGUCAUCCUCUACGGGUCUCGCGUCCUCCAACCCUCGAGCCGAAAGGGCGGCCGCGCACAACGACGCGCCGGAAAAGACGCAUGCCACGCUAAACACUAUUGCCCUCCAGCCCCCCGCGAACCUAAAUGCGACGUCGACCCUGACCAACUCGGACCUGUCGAUUGGAAGGGGAUUCACGGAUCCCUCGCUGCCGCUGCCCAGAUACCACGUCCGCGCCCCGUCCACCGCGUUGAAGCUUGACACGGACCUCGCCAUCGCCUCGUCCAACCCAAACUCUGCACGCUCUCUCCACCCCGCCAAUCUGGAGGCCAACGGGAGCGACGCGCUGCGGCAGUCGGCCACUGCGCCGAUUGCGAUACAAGACAGUGGCUAUCUGAGGACUGCCUGGUCUACUGCUAGUCUCGGUUCGCUGUCGCCCUCGUCCGCCAUCUCGUCGCCAGCACUGGCCGCCCUGGGAGACAUAACCCCACUUCCAUCACCACUGGUGAUGGGCGACUCACCGGGACCAUGGCAGCGAGCCGACCAUCGCCCGCGCUCACGAGGCAUAUCAGGCGCCUCUCGCGACGACUCCUUCGCCAUGUUCACCAAGGGCACCCUCUCUCCUUCGCCCUCGCUCAAGAAGAAAGGAUACUCGGGACUGAAAGCGGCCGCCAUCGAAGCGGCCGCUGCAAACUCUCAGCAGAGGAACGAGGCAGCCCGCGAGCGCAACAGAAGCAUCAGCGAGUACACUCCAGAUGCAAUGCGCAACGCUCGUCCCCGACAAGUCUCGGUGGUAGAAACGGACCCCAACAUGCAGCAACGCAUGAACCGCGAGACAUAUCUUGCCAUGCAGAGGGGCCUUGUCCCCGCUAAGGUGCCAGCCGGGCUUCCCACUCCACCCGCGAGCAACGCAAGCAACCGCAGUGUUACCGACACCGAGGAAGAGGACGUGACAGAUGAUGACAAGACUCAAUACAUAGUGGUGCGCUGUGGACCCCAGAAGACGAAGAAGCUCUGGCGCCCUGUCCGGCAGCUUGGUCAGGGCACCUUCAGCAAAGUCUACCUGGCAACCUGCGAGAAGACCAAGGCCAAGGACCCUCUCGAUGAGAACGUUUUGGAUCCGCGGAAAUUGGUCGCCAUCAAAGUCGUCGAGCAUGGCCCGGCCGGGGGUGCCGAUGAAGAACGCGUAGAAUUAAGCCUCAAGCGAGAGGUUGAGAUGCUCCGAUCAGUAUCACAUCCGUCUCUCGUACAUCUCCAAGCCUUCGAUCACGAUGACGCCCAAGCUCUUAUUGUCCUUACGUACUGUCCCGGUGGUGAUCUGUUUGAUGUAGCCAGUGACCAUCGCGACAAGCUGACUGUCGAUAUCGUCCAUCGUAUCUUCGCCGAAAUGGUCAGCGCCGUGCGUUAUUUACAUACCCAACUUAUCGUGCACCGCGACAUCAAGCUAGAAAACGUUCUUCUCAACAUUCCUGUGUCUACUGUGCCUCUACUCAAGAACCCACAGAGCCAUCCGCAUGCCAUAGCGACACUCACGGAUCUUGGUCUUUCUCGACGUAUUCCAGCUCCACCCGAAUCGCCCCUUUUGACAACAAGAUGCGGUAGUGAAGAUUAUGCAGCCCCGGAGAUUCUACUAGGUCAGCCAUAUGACGGUCGUUCAACGGAUGCCUGGGCGCUUGGUGUCCUUCUCUAUGCUCUCAUGGAGGGACGACUACCCUUUGAUCCCCUACCGGGCAAGGCUGCGUCUCGUAGCAGAGCUGCUCACCGUAUCGCCAGAUGCGACUGGUCUUGGGUCAAGUUUGGUGACGAAGACGGUGAGUGGGAUGCUGAGAAGGGCAAGGAGUGGGGAGGAGCUCGCGAGUGUGUCGAAGGGCUGCUGAAGAAGGUCUCACGCGGUCGGAAGAGCUUGGAAGAUAUUGAGAAACUGGAAUGGGUCCAGCAAGGCAUUCAGGUCGAGGGGGGCCUAAGAAUGAGGCCAGAAGACGAGGUCGCGGAGAUCGCUGCGGCCCAGACCCCGCCGAGGUGA